CCACGGAGGCUGCCAAGGGCACGAGUGCAGCGCAGGCGAAAGCGCUUUAUUCCUCCGGUGUCCCUUUGACUGGGAGCGAGCGGGGACGGGCAGCCUGGCAGGACACCAGCCGUAACGCGUUUGGCCAAAACCCUGGAGCUCUCCGCUUUUACGCAGCCGAGCCUUGCCUGCGGUAACUUAGGCUGGGGCGGUCAGCGAGCGUGCCUCCCGGGAACACCUCCCUCGGCACCUCGCUUUCGAGGAAGACCCCGCUGUCCACCUCAAAGAGCGGCGGGGGCUGCUCCCGCUGGGCACCCUAUCCGCGACACGAGGCGCUGGGGGCUUGGGCGCGACAUUCGUGAAGGUGUUGGGUUCACAAAGCUCUGCCCUGCUCUUGUGAGGCUGCCGUAAUCCUGGGCAGCUUCAACACGGGCUUCUUAAAAAUAUAAUUAGACUAAGCAGGGGAGGCUGCUGGCAGCACCAGCUUGUUAUGCAACCCCCGCUCCUCCGUGACGGGGGAAGGAGGAUGUUUUCCGGGGCUGUUUAGUUUAUCCCACUUCCCAGCCAGAGGAUGGUUUUCCCUGUGCUAACCCACCUUUUCUUUUCUUUUUUUUUUUUCUUUUCCUUUUUUCUGUCCUGCAAGCUGCUCUCAGGGUUGAACCCGAAGGGGCUCCACGCAGGGCGUGACGCAGCGUGUGCUCUCCCACAGGCACGGCAUGGCAGCGAGCACAGGCAGCAGCGGUGGUGAGACGGCGGCGACGGGGGAGCCGGCACACGCGGUGUCGCUGCUGCGGGGGCUGAGUGCGCUGCGAGCGGAGCGGAGCCUGCUGGAUGUGACGGUGGUGGCGGGUGGCCGGGAGUUCGGGGCGCACCGCGCCGUCCUGGCCGCCGCCUCCGGCUACUUCCGCGCCAUGUUCGGUGGGGCGCUGCGGGAGGCACGGGCCGAGCGGGUACGGCUGCACGGCGUGGAGCCCGAGUGCCUGGCGCGCCUCCUCGACUUCGCCUACACCGGCCGGGUGGGCGGGUUGGGCCCUGACAUCGCCGAGCGCCUGCUGCGCGCCGCUGACCUGCUGCAGUUCCCUGCCGUCAAGGAGGCCUGCGGCGCCUGGCUGGCACGUCAACUGGAGCCCGCCAACGCCCUGGACAUGCAGGACUUCGCCGAGGCCUUCGCCUGCCCGGCGCUGGCGGCUGCCGCCCACCGCUUCGUCCUACGGCACGUGGGUGAGCUGGGCGCCCAGCUGGAGAGGUUGCCGCUGCCGCGCCUCCUCUCCUACCUGCGGGACGACGGGCUCUGUGUCCCCAAAGAGGAGGCUGCCUUCCAGCUGGCGCUGCGCUGGGUGCGUGCCGACCCCGCUGCCCGCGCCCCGCUGCUGCCCCAGCUCCUGGCCCAUGUCCGCCUGCCCUUUGUGCGCCGCUUCUACCUGCUGGCCCACGUGGAGGGCGAGCCGCUGGUAGCCCGCUGCCCGCCCUGCCUGCGUCUCCUGCGUGAGGCCCGUGACUUCCAGGCCGCCCGCCUCGACCGCCAUGACCGGGGGCCCUGCGCCCGCAUGCGCCCCCGGCCCUCCACUGGCCUGGCCGAGAUCCUCGUCAUCGUUGGUGGCUGCGACCGCGAUUGCGACGAGCUCGUCACCGUUGACUGCUACAACCCUCGCACCGGCCACUGGCGCUACCUGGCCGAGUUCCCCGAGCACCUGGGUGGGGGCUACAGCGUCGCCGCACUGGGCAACGACAUCUAUGUCACCGGGGGAUCGGAUGGGUCAAGGCUGUACGACUGCGUCUGGAGGUACAAUUCCAGCGUGAACGAGUGGACAGAGGUGUCUCCCAUGCUGAAAGCCAGAGAAUACCACAGCUCCACAGUCCUGGACGGGCUGCUGUACGUGAUCGCCUCCGACAGCACGGAGCGCUACGACCACUCGGUGGACAGCUGGGAGGCUCUGCAGCCCAUGCUGUACCCCAUGGACAACUGCUCCACCACCUCGUGCCGCGGCAAGCUGUUCGCCAUAGGCUCCCUGGCUGGCAAAGAGUCCAUGGUUAUGCAGUGCUAUGACCCUGACAGCGACCUCUGGUCCCUCGUGAACUGCGGCCACCUGCCUCCCUGGUCCUUCGCCCCAAAGACUGUCACUCUCAACGGCCUCAUGUACUUCAUAAGAGACGACUCAGCUGAAGUGGACGUUUACAAUCCAGCGAAGAAUGAAUGGGAUAAAAUCCCUGCCAUGCUUCAGGUUCACGUUGGGGGGAGCGUGGCUGUGCUUGGCGGGAAGCUCUACGUCUCUGGCGGCUACGAUAACACGUUUGAACUCUCGGAUGUCGUGGAAGCCUACGACCCUGAGACGCGAACGUGGAGCGUGGUGGGCCGACUGCCCGAGCCCAUCUUCUGGCAUGGCAGCGUCAGCAUAUUCCGGCAGUUCAUGCCGGAAACCACACAGGAGGAUGAUGGCAUCACACUGGACAACACCAUCAACUUGAACAGGCAGCACCAAAACCUUCACAACCAGAACCUUAACGAGCUUCGUUAGCAGGGGAAGGCACUGUUCCCCUGGCUCACCGCGAGUUCAUUAUCCAGAACCAGCGUUGCUUUGAGAGAAGGCAGAGGCAAACCGGUGCUUGGAAACAAAAACAUACUGUUCAGAGAGGGAGUGAAAACUCCUAAUGUUUGACGUGCUGUUGCGGAACCACAGCCGGCAGACAGCGAGGCCUCCACUGCGGCGUCCCUCGGCCCUCCUCUGGGGCAGGAGAAGGUGCUGCACUGCCUGCAGAGGAGACCCAAGAGGUGAACUCUGAGGAAAGCAAUCGCGCUGAAUGUCACUGCAGCAUUGCAGCUUACAGCUUUUGGUCAGACGCCUUUUGCUGGGAGCUCCUUCACCCUGUAAUGCUUCGUUUGCCACCAAACCUUCUUCAGUUUCUUUUUUGGUAGGACGGUGGUCGGGACGCCCACCUCUGUUCUGUGCUUCAGAGGAAGACGGACCUCCUGCGCGCGUCUUUCUCUGUGUGGUUAGAGGGGGGGAAAGGCCUUCCCACAAGAGCUGGAGGUCUGUUAGGGGCGAGAGGUUAAUAUGAGAACAUGGCCCCUCCUGCCCUGUCACCGUGGUCCUCAGUCCCCGUUCAUGCCUUCAGAAGGAACAGACGUCCUGUAGCAGGGAUCUCGCCAAGGCUGGGUUAUGAAGUUUCACCUUUCCCGUUGUCCGAAGCUCAGUUCUUCCUGUAUUUUGGUGGGGGUUUUUUAAGUUGCAGCAUUUAAACUUCUGCAGGUGUUUGUUUUCCAACCCUUCCUAGUAGCGCGCUUUUUCCUUCCAAGAAGAAGCACCCUUAUUUAUCUUUUAAUUGCAUUCUCACAGCUAGAUUAUUUUCAUUUCUGAUCACCCCAGCUGCACCCUCCUGUUAGGGGAAGGGGAGAAGCGAGUACCCCUCUUGGCUGGCCCGAGGAGCCACUCUCCCUUCCCGGUGUCAUUGGACUUGUUGAUAGUGGGGCUGAACUAGGCAGAAAAAGCUGCUGCUUGUGGCGAGGGCUGUUUGCUGCUGGUUCUCCUGUGCCAAACUCUCAGUCAGCACGCUGGGUUGGGCAGAUAGGCCCCAUGCAGCAAGGGCGAGUUUUUAUUUCUUCACCAUUUUGAAGGAGCUAAGUCAGCGUUGUACUGUUUUAGGAAAAAAAAAAAACUUACUGGGAAAGGCGAGUGCAGCUUCCUCAGGAGAUUCACUGCAGGCUUGCAGAAUUGCUGGCUGUGUUUAGAUACCUUGAUGCAGAAUUGCUUUCAAAUGCAUUGCCUUGUGUGAAGGAACCCACCAGACCUUCGGAGGGGUCUCGUGCCUGUCGUGCCUCCAGUUUGCAGGAGCUCUCGGGAUUUGGGUGAAGGUGUAGGAGUUAGCCAGUGUUGAGGACUGAAAGGUAGUUAUUUUAGGGUUGGGUUUUUUUCUUCUUUUUGCUUGGGGUUUGCUGUUUUUUUUGGCCUGUGUAAGAUUUGCCUUUAUACUCGCCCAGGUGACCUCAUUAGCUUGGGCUGUGUUUCCUCUGUCUACCUUAGCUGAAGAGAAGCAGUUUACUUGUGGAAUGUUUCUUGAACAAGAAAACGGCUAAAACUGCAGUAUGGCUCACCCAAAAAUGAGCAUCGUGCCUUUUGGAAAAGUGUAAAGUGUGACAACGGCUGAGGUGUUGGCUGGAUGCGCUUGCUUUUUCCAUCUUUCAUUUUUAAUCAAUAGGAAAGAAAAUUGAACUUAUUUCAGAGAUGGAAAGCCCGUCUACUUGAUUGCACGCCUGCCUUCUGGCUUGCCCUUGGAUUGAGUAGUGUCAGAGCCCCAUCUCCACAACAUCAGCACCUUCACAGCUUUAAAAAAAGCUCUUUGCCUUCAGUGCUGUUUUAUGCCACGCUCCUCAGCUGUGGAACUUGGGAAAGCUGUUCAUGAAAUUUGGGCUGUUCUCCAGGUCUGAAACUUUGACAGUGCCUUGAAACUGCCAUGUACCGGUGGAGGAUCGCGGAGGGGCCUCAUCUGGCCACGGCAGCCUCUGGGUUUAAAACCCUCUCCGGCGCUGCCACGGGCUGGGGUGCAGGGGGGGCCCCUCUUGGGUGGAGGGGACAUGCAGGGGGCCUGUGAUUUGGGGCGGCUCCUUCGUUUCUGGCUGCAUCCUGCCAUGUCGACCCGUGAGGCUAAAGCAGCCUGUCCCCACGGCGCCGUGUCGUGCCCGGGGAGAGACGGUGCACGCCACGCAGCUGAACUUGCAUUGCAGACCGAAGUAUUUACGCUGAACUAUAAAUAGUACGCACACCCUGUCUCAUACUGUAGUGCUCGCUGCUAGACCUGCCACCCCUGAAUUCCCCAACCGGCUGAACAGUUACGGAUCUGUAUUUAUUUUUUUGUAAAAUUCAUUGUGUCUGAAUCUCUGAGUACAGUUUA